AUGUCUCUUCCUCACCCCAAAGCAGUCCCUCUCGUCGCUCCCGGGCACACGCGACCCGUCACGCAUCUUUCUUUCUCACCUCUUCAAGACGACGGAACUUACGUGCUCAUCUCCAGCUGCAAGGAUGGGAAUCCGAUGUUGCGAGAAUGGACCGGUGACUGGAUAGGCACGUUUAUAGGCCAUAAGGGUGCAGUGUGGAGUAGCAAACUAUCUCCCGAUACUUCGCGAGCAGCCUCCGGCAGUGCGGACUUCACAGCGAAGGUCUGGGACUCGUAUUCUGGCGACUGUUUGCAUUCGUUCCCGCACAAUCACAUCGUCCGGAGCGUCGCAAUGUCUCCGAGCACGUCUCAUCUACUCACUGGCGGGCAGGAGAAGAAGGUGCGGAUGUUCGAUCUCGGGCGACCCGACGCAGAACCAGAUCUCUUAAGUGAUAACGGCGCUGCCUUGUCACACGAUGGCACAGUCAAAAGUGUUGUGUGGGUGGGCGAUCAUACAGGUGUGACGGCUGGAGAGGAUGGCUUGAUCAAGUGGUGGGAUCUUCGGACACGAAAGUUGACGACAAGUCUGACCUUCCCGGGUCCGAUCACGUCGAUGGAAUUGUCCCAACAAACGAAUCGACUGGUGGUGACAUCUGGAAAGACCGUGUCGUUCAUCCCUGCGCUGCUCAACGGCACCCAGACGCACAGUCUGACAUUACCAUACGCACCUUCAUCUGCAUCGAUACAUCCCAUCCUUCAGGAUCGGUUCGUGACAGGCUGUACGAGCGACGAAUGGGUGCGCAUACAUGACGUAACCGGAGAGGAGAGGGAUGUGCUGAAAGGACACCAUGGGCCGGUACAUUGUGUCGAGUUCAGCCCGGAUGGUGAGAUGUUUGCGAGCGGUAGUGAGGAUGGUACGAUCCGGCUGUGGCAGACGACACCUGGGAAGAGCUAUGGUCUUUGGCAAGGCAGUCAUACCAACGGUGGUCCGUAA